GAUCGAUCCAACCGAAUGCAUGGGCCAGCGGGUAGCAUAUGGCGGCACACUAUAAAUUGGAGGCCACCCCUGUGCGUCUCGUCCCAUCCAACUCAUCUCAGGAUCGAGUUGUGUACGUUUGUAGUGUGCUGCUCUCUCUGCUACCUUGUGUCGAGAUGGCCGGAGUGGUGAUCACCGGGCGGGCCUUGGUGGCCGCCGUCGCUGUCGUGGUCGCCGUUUUGCUCGGCGGAGCGGCGGAGGCGCAGCAGCUGUCCCCCAACUUCUACUCGAGGACGUGCCCCAACCUGGCCACCAUCGUGCGGUCCGGGAUGGCGUCCGCCGUGCGGACGGAGCCCCGGAUGGGGGCCUCCAUCCUUCGCCUCUUCUUCCAUGAUUGCUUCGUCAAUGGAUGUGACGGCUCGAUCCUGCUUGACGACACGUCGACGUUCACCGGCGAGAAGAGCGCCGGCCCGAACGCCAACUCGGCCCGCGGGUUCGAGGUGAUCGACGCCAUCAAGACGCAGGUGGAGGCCUCCUGCAAGGCCACCGUCUCCUGCGCCGACAUCCUCGCCCUCGCCGCCCGCGACGGCGUCAACCUGCUGGGUGGGCCAACGUGGAGCGUGGCGCUGGGGCGGAAGGACUCGCGCACGGCGAGCCAGAGCGCGGCGAACAGCAACCUGCCGGGGCCCGGGUCGAGCCUCGCCACGCUCAUCAGCAUGUUCGGCAACCAGGGCCUCUCGGCGCGCGACAUGACGGCGCUGUCGGGCGCCCACACCAUCGGCCGCGCCCAGUGCCAGUUCUUCCGCAGCCGCAUCUACACCGAGCGCAACAUCAACGCCUCCUUCGCGUCGCUCCGGCAGCAGACGUGCCCGCGCUCCGGCGGCGACGCCAACCUCGCGCCGUUCGACGUGCAGACGCCCGACGCCUUCGACAACGCCUACUACCAGAACCUCGUGUCGCAGCGCGGCCUGCUCCACUCCGACCAGGAGCUCUUCAAUGGCGGCUCGCAGGACGGCCUCGUCAGGCAGUACAGCACCAACCCCUCCCAGUUCUCCUCCGACUUCGUCUCCGCCAUGGUCAAGAUGGGCAACCUGCUGCCGUCCUCCGGCACCGCCACGGAGGUCAGGCUCAACUGCAGGAAGGUGAACUAAUUAAGGAUGAUAAACCCCAAUUCCCAUCGCAUUGCAUUUGCAGGUGAUCAUUUCCGAUGAUCACCGUCUUCGCCGACGCCCUGGGAACCAAUGCGCCGGUGAGAUAUCAAAACACAAGAAGAGACGAAACGUGAAAUACUUGUUUGAUAAUGUAUUACCACAAAGUGUAAUAAUGUGCGACGCUUAUAUAUGAUGAUAUAUACCAUGGUAAAUUAUCGCAACCACGACAAUGUAUUUUUUUUAUGAUGCAUGAUAAUACAAUCCUUGCUGUUAAAGAAAA